CUCAUCAUAAUGUAAGGCGUGUGAAUCGAGAUGCUGACUUCAUGCAUUAUUAACAGUGACUUAGAGUCAUUGGCGUAGCAGGAACCCCUUUAAAAGAAGGUAGUACUUUAUGUGUGCCUGGUUACUCGUGGCUAGACCAAAACAGGAAAACCCACCGCAACGCAAAGAAAGGCUCCGGUGGAGUUGGUGUUUUUGAUUAAAUCCAGUCUAUAUUCUACGUGUGACAAAACGGUACUCGGAAGCUCUUAUGAUGGGAUACUAUGGAUUUCUCUCAAACAUAAAACCAGGUUGACGUAAAAAAAAGAGUCGAAACUGAAUACUGGACAAAUUUAUUAAAAAACAGAAAGGAAGGAAGGAAAGAGGAACAAAAAGACGAAAAAAGGAGGAACAAACAAAUCAACAAAUACCGAAAGAACUGUUCAACAUUUUUCCAAUUUUUCUAAAUUUCCAUAAAAGAAUCAUCAAUGGUUCGUGUUAAAUGUAAAGUACGACUUAUUCUUGUUAUUCUGUUACUAUGGAUUUCCAUCACAAUGCUGUUUUUCGUUUACGCCAUAAAUCUGAAAAAUUAUCUUCAUAUUUCGUUGGAGCCAUCACGGUUUAUCGAGAAGUUGUUAAUACGCGAAACGCUGUUGCUGCCUUUUAGCAAACCAAAUGUUACAUCAUGUCAAGAAUGUUUUCCUACAGUUUCUCCACGAAAUGUUAGGCCAUGGAAAACACUUCUACACCUGUCUUAUGCGCGCACAGCGACAGUGUUAACAAGAACCUCAACGUCAUGGCGAAUCCAAAAUGGCGUCUGCGAUUUAGACACUGGUGAUUUCAAGAAAGCUACGCUGAAGUCUCCAGCAGGUGAUACGCCGAUAUUUAUAUAUCCUAAAGCCCAGGAUGUGUGGGUGUCGAGAGACAUAAUAGAACGAGGAAUCUGGGAGGGAGAUCUAGUCCAGAUGACGUAUGAAUUUAUGACGAAACACGCCGAUGCCGAUUUCGUCGAUAUCGGCGCCAAUGUUGGCGUGUACGGAUUGACGAUCGCGAAAAUGGGACGACGCGUCGUUCUCAUAGACCCGUUGCUAGGCAACGUCAGACGUCUCUGUAAGUCGAUCCGAGAGGGACAGUUCCAGAACGAGGCAUACGUCAUCCACAACGCCAUAUCCGACAAAAGGUUCAGGGUCGGUUUCGGGACACACCCUGGUAACGUUGGCGGCACUUACGUAAAGGAAAUGACGUCAGCGAACGAUGCGGAAGUUGCCCAAGCAAUUCCCUUGGACGACCUGCUGUCUAUUUUUAACUUUACCAAAGUUGUUAUCAAAAUGGAUAUAGAGGGGCACGAAACAAGAGCUCUUCUGGGUGGAGAUAGGUUUUUCAGUACAGUUAACGUCGUCGUCGUACAAAUGGAAUGGGCUCUCCACAGAAAAGACGGGAUUAAGAUUAUUAAGUUUUUGACAAGACACAACAUGAAGCCUUAUUAUCCUGCUAUGAAAGGCUCACUAUUAGACGUGAAUUCUUUUCAGAAUUGGCCAGGAGAUAUAGUGUGGAAAAAAAAUCCCAGUGUGAUUAAAAGUAAUUAAAUGUUACGAGAAAAUAGAGAUACACAGAAACUGGUUGCAUUUGGUCGUCAGUUAUGGAUUAAUUAUUUACAUCCACCUCUAGCUCUCCCUGACAACAUGUAAACAUGGGAGGGCUAUAGGUCA